CUUGCUUCCUGGAACAAAGUUUGUUUCACUUUUUCUUUUGAGCAGUGAAAAAUUGCUCCUGCCGUUUUGACAUGAACAGCACUCCCCAAUUCCUGAGAUAAGUUCAUCAGCAAUCAGACACUUGCCUGCAGUAGUUGGUCUCAAAGGAUGGAGAAGUCCAGCUGGAUCACCAAAAGGAAUCUGAGCAUGGACCUGAUAGAUAGAGCAGAAACUGUUGCUAAGGAGCUGAGCAGAGCGGUUGAACAGGGAGACAAGGAAACUGCAAUUGAGUGUGCUGGGAUCCUGGCUGAGCAACGUGUGCCCGUCAACGUCCAACUCAAGGACUCUGCGUACCAUCAACAGGAGAUCAGGUUAAGAGUUGGCGUUGAAGACUCGCGGACAAGUGGUAUAACCAUCACAAUGAAAGUGUUUCCUUACACAACUAUUGCAACACUGAAGACAAAGAUGCAUAAGGACUACAGUUUCCAUCCUAAGCUGCAACAGUGGAUCAUUGCACAGCGGCUGGCCAAGGACCAUGAAACGCUCUUCUUUCACGGCAUCAGAAAGGACGGGGACACAGCCUACAUGUACCUGUUGACAGCGAAGCAGGCCAACGCCACACGGAAUGAACAGGUGCAGCUUCUAGCAGAAGCAACUCAGAUGGUUGAAGAUGAACCAAGACCAAGUAAUGGAGAAUUUCUCGCGGUGUUGGAACCCCGUGGCACCCAAACACAGUUAAGUGAAGCACAGAUUUUGGCAGAAGCAGAGCCACAGGUGGGCUGGGAGUGUCCAGGAUGCACAUAUAUCAAUAAACCAACUCGUCCAGGAUGUGAGAUGUGUGGCACUGCCAGACCAGAUGACUACCAGGUACCCAACACCUACAAACCUGACCAAGAGGAACUGCAGAGGAUAAAAGACGAAGAAGCAGCUCUUAAACAAUAUGAACAAGUAGGUGCUCGAGGCGACAACGGAAUUACCAGGCAGAUGUUGGAAACGGAUGAACAAAACCUGAUCUCAGCGAGUGAGGAGUUUGAGUGCCCAAUUUGUUACGUCACGUUGGAGCACGGUGAAGGUGUUACUCUUCGAGAAUGCUUACAUUCCUUCUGCAAAGACUGCCUGAAGGGGACAAUUCUAAACAGCACAGAAGCUGAUGUGACAUGUCCAUUUAUGAACGAGCUUUACUCCUGCAAAAGCAAGAUCCUUGAACGCGAGAUAAAAUACCUCCUGACAGGGGCCGAGUACUGUAGCUACCUGGACAGAAGUUUAACGAUUGCAGAGACCUGCAGCGAGAACAGUUACCACUGCAAGACUCCUGACUGCAGGGGCUGGUGCAUCUACGAAGAUGACGUCAAUGAUUUUCACUGUCCCCUCUGUAAUAAGAAGAACUGCCUGGUGUGCAAGGCUAUACACGAAGGGAUAAACUGCAAGGAAUACCAAGAUGACCUCAAAAUUCAAGCUGAAAAUAAUGAAGCUGCAAAACAAACUGCUGAGAUGCUCAAGACACUUCUGAAUCAGGGGGAAGCCAUGUAUUGUCCUAAAUGCAAGAUUGUGGUGCAGAAGAAGGAUGGAUGUGAUUGGAUAUGUUGCACUAUGUGCAGAACAGAAAUUUGCUGGGUGACGAAGGGACCUCGCUGGGGACCUCAGGGGACUGGUGACAUCAGUGGAGGAUGCCGUUGCCGUGUCAAUGGUGUACCAUGUCAUCCCAAAUGUCAGAAUUGCCACUGAUUACCUGUGCAACAAUGCAGCUAAGCCCACAGCAAUGUACCCGAGACUUAUUUCUGCUGGACAAGCAUUCUCAGCUGCCGAGAAAACUAAAACCAUUGGUGAUAUUCCCGAAAUUCAUUAGAAUCCAGAUACUGGCUUCAAUAUUUUUAGGGGGAUAAAAAAAAACUUUACUGCAUCUAAAUGAAAGAUUUCCAAAGCACUAUUCUCAGGUGUCUCUGUAACUGGGUGAAACACUUCAUGCACUUGCAACGUCAGAAACUGUAUUGAAGUGACAGAACAAGGGAGCACUAUGAACUUCCCAGCCAUUGUUUGCUAAAGCUGGACGGUUGGCACAAUGAAUUAGUUCCUGAAGUUGUGAAGAGUUAUCACCAUCCGCUGGGAGCAGAAUGCAAAUCAUGUGAAGAUGCACAGGAUGAAGCAUCUCACCAAUAGCAGCUAAGGUUCUAAGUGAAAUGAGGAAGAGUAGUGCCAGUUCUCAAGCACUAAUUUGGAGGCCUCAUUUAGACCAUUAGCCUGGAGUUAAGAACUUUAAUUACAUCCAAUGCAUUACAUAAAAAAUGAAACUGGUCAGUUUCAUUCCUUUAAACUGGGAAAAAGUAAGUUCCAAGAAUGGAGUUAACAUGUGCUUUUGUAGAAACUCUGGACUUGUACUAAGCCUUGGAUGGCUUGAAGCUGGGACUCAGCACACACUUAAAAACAGAUAAUCUUGUUUCUAUAAUUUCAUUCUUAUUCACUUCUCAAUGUGUACAUUUCCAAUCUAAUAAAGAAACUCUCAUAUGCACAUAAAA